CGCCACCGUCCAAACUCCCUAAGACGUUUGGGAAGUUUAUCAUCACUAUGGACUCACUAGUGACCAGAAUUCAUUCAACAACCAUGAACCUUUUAUGGUCCUGUACCAGUACACCGACAAACUAGAGGAAAAUGCCUUGGUCUCAGCAGUAACAUUAACCUUACCUGAUUUGAUGACAAGAAAGGUUCUUUCCAGAAGCACACUCGCCCAAUUCAGUUGCCACCACCACACAGCAAAGCAACAAAUCCAAGAGCGACAGACCUCGACUUAUACAACCGUACAUAGAAGUAGAGCAUACUUGCUAGCUAGUCGUCGAGGCAAUAGAGAGGAUCGUCACACCAUCAAGCAAAGGCAGAGUAUCGAAAAGAAGAAAGAAGCGUCAACAGAUCGGCCAUGUCUGUCGUUGGAAACAAUCGCGUUGGUAUCCCGAUUGUCCUCCUUCACGAUGCCGAAGGAGCGGUGAUCGAAGUGGAAACCAGGUCUCAUUUGGUGAGGGGUCUCAUUUUCGAAGCAGAAGAUCAGAUGAAUCUCUACAUGAAGAACUGCGUUGUGAAGGAGUGCGACACGGGAGCCAAGAGGAAAGUGAACCAAAUCUAUAUCCGCGGGCCCGAGAUUGUCUUUAUUAUUCUACCCAGCAUGCUGAAGCAUGCACCCAUGUUCAAUCGAAUCAAGCACUGGAGAAAGUACGGUGGCGCGCCACCCGAAGGAGUCUCUGGACAAGCCGUUGGACAAGCGGCAGCUAUUUUACGAAAGGCAAACGAGAGGCGCCGAGGAGGAUUCGGGGCCAGAGGAAUGGGUGGUUCACGCGGUGGCGGUGGCGGCUUUGGUCGAGGACGUGGCGGCGGUGGAGGACGCUUGUGUGGUGGUGGCGGCGGUCCCUCUGGUGGCUUUGGCCGAGGAGGAGGUUUCGGAAGGUAGUGUCAAAGGAAUUCACAUGUGCUUCUUGGAUGUCUGGACCGAUGGGGGAGCUUCCGUACAUUAAAUUUAAACGGUUGCUGAAGCCCAUUUUGGUUAUGCUUCUUUCUGUGAUGUCAGUCCAACGAGCGUUCAACGUUCACGAGGAAUUUGGACCUCAGCCUGGACAGAUGGAACACAUCGUCUUAUAAACUAGCUACUAGUACCAGGUAGUACUACGAGUAAUAGUAACAGUAAAACGCCUUGU